AAAAACUAUGUGCUCGGGUUGUAUCGGUUUUUUUAUAAAAUAAUAGGGAUUUGGCCGUUUGACUGUGACAAUUUGAAAUCAAAAUUUCAAGUUUUAAUUAUUUUAUUAAUUAUGAGUUUAUUGAUAUUGUAAAUGACACAGGUGCUUGUUUUUUAGCGACAGUGAUGCUUAUUAUUCAUCGUAUGGAAAUAAAAAAAAUAUCAUUCAUUCUACAAUCUGUUAUUGAUGAUUGGGAGAACAUGAUAAAUAAAAAGUCUUGUAUUAUAAUGAAAGAAAUUGCUCACUAUGAAAAAACUGCAUAUUUAAUACAAAUUGUUAGUUUUUGUGUACUAAUAAUACAGCAUAUUUUCAUUAAACCAUUAUUAAUUAUUUGGAAUACUGAUAAAGACUAUAAUGAAAUAAAACAAAAUUUUCGAGUAAUGCCAACUGAACCAGCUUGUUGGACACCAAAAAAUAUGUCCUUUAUUUUUUAUAUUAUUUAUUAUGUUUAUCAAUCAUUCCAAAUAAUUUUGGUUGCAAUAAUAUUUGUAUCUUGCUUCAAUUUUUUUUGUGGCAUUGCAAUGCAUUUGUACGGACAAUAUAUGAUACUUUUUAAUCAUCUUAUAAGUAUUAAUAAUAUAAACAAUAAAUUAAAACAAAAAAAAUUUAUUUAUAAAUUUUUAAAACGUCACAAUUAUUUACUUAAAGUAUCAAAAUACUUUGAAGAAAUUUACAAUUUAAUAAUCUUCGUUGAUGUUGGCAACAUGAUUUUAGUUACAUGUAUUUCAGGAAUUGGACUAUUAUUAACAGUCAAGUAUAAUGAUCCUAUUGAUACUGGUGGUUUCAUCAUUAAAAUACUUCUCAUAAUUACACGAUUAUUUAUAUAUUGUUUUGUCGGUGAAAAAUUAAGUGGAAUAAUAAAUAGCAUUGAUAUUAUAAUUUACAAUGAUAUUGACUGGCAUAAGCUAGAUACAAGUUCCAUCAAAAUGUUGAUAUUUGUUAUGAUGAGAAGUUUGUAUCGAUAUGAAUUGACUGCAUAUCAUAUUGUACCAUUAAAUUAUGAGAGUUUUAUUAAAAUCAUCAAAUUAAUAGGUUCAUACUUUUCAGUACUCAGAUUGACACUUAAUAAUGUAUAA